AUGGUUCCGACUUCAUGGGUGAGCGCCUUGUCGUGCAAUUUGCUCGCGGCUCCACCCGUCCUCGCGAGUAUGGUCACCCCGAGCAGCGCGCUCCUCCUCGCCCGCGCCGCACUGUCCACCGCAUGUCCAUCACUGGCCUUCCUUUCGAGACCAGCUGGCAGGAUCUGAAGGACUUCGCUCGCCAGCCUGGUCUUGACGUUGUCUACUCCGAAGUUGGACGCGAACGCGAUGGCAGCGGCAACGGAAAAGGUUUCGUCGAGUAUGAGACCGCUGCCGACCUGGUUUCCGCCGUAGAGAAGUUGGACGGACAGGAGUUUAAGGGAGCCACUGUCCGUUGCAUUUCUGAUACCCAGUCAGAGAUUCCUCGCAUGCCACCACCACCUCCCCGCGAUUCUCGCUACCGCUCGCGCUCACCUCCUCCUCGCCGUGGCGGCGGUGGCGGCUAUGGUGCACCUCCCAUGGAUGAUUACUAUGCAGAUCGCCGAGGUCCUCCUCGUGGUGCUGGCGGCUACAGCCCUCGUCGCGACGACAGCUACCGUCGUAGAAGCCCCCCACCUCGCUACUACGAUGAUCGCAGAGACCCAUACCCCCGCUCUCCCCCUCCUCGUGCCCGUGGACCCCCUGUCGACGAGUACGCACCACCCAGAAGCCGCGCUUACCCCGCCGAUGAUGGCUACGGCGCUCCACCUCCGGCUCGCCGCUAUGAAGCCGACCCCUACGCCAAUGGUCACGGAAGAGAGCCCAGAGAGCCUAGAGAGCCCAGGGAGCCUAGAGAGCCUUACGGUCGUCCUCCCAGCCCUCCUCCCAGACGUGAGCGUGGCUACGAUGCGGGCUAUGACCGUAGACCUUACUGGUGAUUAUCCUC